AGGUCAAACACACAAAGCAGUCGUGUGGCCUUCUCGUACACACUGUUUGGUGGGACAAAUAGUGGUCAUGCGUUGGCAGUCUGUAUAUGUCUCAUGCGGUCGUCUCGCCGCUUAGUUGGAACGAAUUGGAUGAAUCACAACCAUAGGUCAGUCUCGGUGGUCUGUCAACUGAUACGACUAACGAUUUCUUACAGCUUUCCUAAAGGGUUCUUAGAAACGACCUAUCGGAAUGGAAUUUUUUCAAACGUCAGUUUUUCGUUAUGGUUUGAUUGUUUUAAUGGCCUCUUUUCAUCGUGGUUUUCCCCUUUAUUUCCAAUCUGUUCGCAGGUCUUCUUGUCCCAGCUAAUGCUUUGUCUAACGCAACAAUGGAUGAUACCGACUCUCAAAAACAGUGUAGCUCCCAUCGCAGAAUCCAACAUCAGCGAAAUUUUGGAGCGUUGUUUAAAGUUGGCGAUCCCGAAUCAUCUGAUUUGGCUCAUUUUUUUCUACUCCUCAUUUCAUUCCUUUCUCAAUCUGGUUGGUGAGCUUAUGCAUUUCGGAGAUCGAUUCUUCUACAUUGAGUUUAUCCAACCUCAAUUUCCAACGGGCACACACAUUCAGUAA